AUGGCUACUCUUUCGCUUCUGGGCCAGGGCUUGAAGCUCGAUACCCGGGCAGACAUCGCGCCCCACCUCGUAAACUACGACCCGGCCCUCAUCGAGGAGAUCCAUCUUGGAGGGAACACAAUUGGUGUGGAGGCGGCGCAGGCUCUCGCGGAUUUCCUCGCAAAGACGGAAAAACUCAGGAUUGCGAACUUUGCAGAUAUCUUCACCGGCCGCCUGAUUACCGAGAUCCCUCUCGCGCUGUCCGCGAUCUGCGACGCCCUCAUCGGCAAGUCCACGCUCGUCGAGAUCGACCUCUCGGACAACGCCUUCGGCGGGCGCUCCGUCGACCCCCUCGUCCCCUUCCUCUCCACCGCACGCUCCCUUCGCGUGCUCAAGCUCAAUAACAACGGCUUGGGUCCCGCAGGCGGCGCUGUAAUCGCCGAAGCGCUGACACGAUUGGCUGGGUCGCUCGAAAAGGGCACAAAGUCGAACCUGCGCACGAUCAUCUGCGGGCGGAAUCGCUUGGAGGAUGGCUCCGCGAGUGCGUGGGCUGCCGCGCUCGAGGCGCACGGGACGCUCGAGGAGGUGCGUAUGCCGCAGAACGGCAUCCGGAUGGCAGGCAUUUCCUCGCUCGUCAAGGGCCUCGCCAAGAACACCGACCUGCUCCACCUCGACCUCCAGGAUAAUACCUUCGCGGAGGAGGGCGGAAGGGCGUUUGCGGAUGAGCUCGGCCGCGGCUCGUGGCCCCUGCUCAAGGUGCUCAACCUGUCGGACUGCGUUAUUGGUGAGGAGGGCGAGGUGUCUCCGGUCGUCGAGGCGCUCGCACAAGGGCUGCACACAAAGCUCGAGAACCUCCAGCUCCAGAACGACAACCUGGAGGCUGCUGAGUUCGCGUUGCUCGCGGGUGUAGUCAGCAAGCUGCCCGCUCUUAAGCGCCUGGAGGCGCAGUGGAACGAGGUUGAGGAGGACGAUGAGAGCGUAGCAGCGCUCGCGGCUGCCCUCCGCAAGCAAGGCGGUAGACUCAUCUUGAAUGACGAGGAGGACGAGGAAGAGGAAGAAGUCAAGGAAGCUGAAGAGGAGGAAGAGGCACCUGCGAGUGUCGCAGCCGCGCCCGCCACCGUAGAAGUGGACACAGAGAAGGAGAAGAGCGCAGUGGACCAGGCUGCGGACGACAUCACAAGGCUGCUCGAGAAGGUUUCCAUCCGGUGA